AUGCGGUACGCGACACUCUACUACUGUAUAAUCAUCAGGCAUUUCGUGAUUUUAAACAGACCUCAAUUACGCCCCGUGAUACAAAUUUCGGACUUGAAUAGGAUAAUGAUGAUGAGAAAUCAGUUUAAAUCACAAAUGUCUGAAAGAAAACAAUUGAGUAACCUUUCAACGAGGUCAAAGCCUAUUCAUGGUUUUGGUACCCCCCUGCCUCCAGUAUUCAGCUAUGAUCAAUCAACCACUCAUUCAGCUAAAGAACAUUUUUUCAGUCCAGGACAAUCAUAUCAGAGUAAAAUUGUGGACAGUGAGAUAGAACUUCAGCGUUCCCUUCCAAUAGUUUCAACCUUUCAGCCAAAACCAAUUUUACGUCAGGCCGAAGACAUGGAAGUGUAUCAACAGAUGUAUUCGAUAAACAAUCGAAGACCAAUAAAAGAGCUACCUGACAUUCUCAAAACCAACAACAACAACCCCAGCGGGCUACCACAAGACAUUGUCAAUGAACCCAACAACCCCAACGGGCAACCACAAGGCAUUGUCAAUGAACCCAACAACCCCAACGAGCAACCAAAAGAUAUUCAACCAAAAGAUAUUGUCAAUGAACCCAACAACCCCAACGAGCAACCACAAGAUAUUGUCACUGAACCCACCGACCCCACCACGCAACCACAAGGCAUUGUCAAUGAACCCACCGACCCCACCACACAACCACAAGAAAACUCGACUAGCCCAGGGGAGACAAAACCAACGAAAAAGAUGGCAAUGACUGUUGAUGUUACUUCGAGUACCCAUCCGCCGUACCCUGACGGCAUAAAACCUGACUCUAUAGAAUAUUCUGGUGACUACCCAAUGUGCGAUGAACGCGCAAUCUGUCACAAGUAUGUUUGGACAUCCAAGCAGCCCAAGACUUUGAGACGACAUUUCAAAACGGUGAAAUCUUUUAUAGUGUGA